AUGGAGACUCUACCUCGAAAGAACCCCAUCCAUCAUCUUAUUUCUAGUCCUGGGGAUCGGGACACUGGCAUUGACAUUCGCAUACUAUCACAAGAGGGAUACCCCCCCAUCACCCCCCUCCCCAACUUCAACUGGGAAACGACUGAACCACUGGCCCUCCGGCCCUUCAAGCCAAAAUACCACUUGACGAUGGCCCUCUCAACCAUCCCCAUCUCGGACUUAAUCCCCAUGGACAAGACCUACAAAGAACGGAUGGCGCUGCGCGCGUCUUUAUUGAAAGAGUACCCCGACGUCGUGCUCGGCGUGCACGAUGCAGCUGACCCGCGGAUCCGCCACGCAGCGGGUGAGUUAUAUGCCUUUAUUAUGGGGACGUAUCUGCCGACGCGGUAUCCGACAAUGUUUUCCCUUUCGGGCAGCAAGUCGGUGGUGUUGGAGAACAAGGUUACGGGGAAGACGUACCCCGUAGAUAUGGAGGAUCAGCCUAUCCUCAAAGCUCUAGAGAACCUGGGCCAGACAGUCGAUGAGGAUUUCCUUAUCCUCUUGCCUGAGAAGAUGCAGGACGCCUCUGGUGGAGAGGAAAGAUACUUCCUAGCGGCAUACACCGCAUACUUCCCCUCUGGGUUCGACACACGCACGAAACUCGGGCUGCGGCUUGCAGCCAUCCAUGACCCGGUCCCCGGGUACAAGGAGAAGCUGGAGCGGAGCAUGGAUCGGUUCUUUGCGAGGGUGGAGGUGGGGAAGGUCGUGGCGAGGGUGAACUGGAGUAUUACGACGGAGACGGGGCUGUUUGCUGCGUUUGGGGGCGUGCAUGGCUCUGCUGCGACCUCUGCGGCUGGAAAGGAGGAGAUUGAGCCGGGGAUGUUGGAUGUUGAUUCGACGGUUCUCCGGUGUGAGCGGCAGACGCUGCAUCGGCUGCCUCGGAGCAAGGCGCUGAUCUUUGCGUUCCAUACGUAUACGUAUCCGCUGCAGACGAUCAAGGAGGAAGGGCUGGGCGAGGAGCUGGCGACGGCGAUUGAUGGGUUGAAGGCGGGCAAUGUGCCCGGGAUGCAUUGGUACAAACGGGGUUCUGUAUGGGGCGAGGCCGUCAAGCACUUUCUACGUAGUUGA